AUGUCGACCGGGAACAUCAACCCCCUCCUGCCUGCCGGGCUCCCAUCGUCGGACUCUAUCCCCGGAGAUCCAUCACCGUUGGUCUCCAGCGCUUUUGCGGGGGACUUUCUGGGACUUUCAAUGCCGGACGACGAGCAGCUCUGGGGCCUGGGCUCGAUGUCCCCAAUGGGAACGGGCAGCUGGGAUACCAAGACCGACGCAGCCAGCUUCGCCAACUCGGCGCUGGAGCGCGAUCUCAAGAAUACACAGGUCCGCAAUGGGCAACCAACCCCACCACCCUACGACGACCAGAACGCGCGGGAUCUGUCCGGGAUGGAGCUCGAGAGCGCCGGCAAGCGACGACGAGCACGGGAAUACAAGACCGCCGCCGCGAGUCUUAGCCCCGGCCUCGACGACGACAACGAGCCGCAGCAAGAGCGGGCCAAGCGGGCAAAAUUCCUCGAGCGCAACCGGCUGGCCGCCAGCAAAUGCCGCCAGAAGAAAAAGGAGCACACGCAGCAGCUCGAGUACCGGUAUAAGGAACAGUCGGAGAAAAAGGAGCGGCUGGUCGCGGAGAUUACGCGGCUGCGCUCCGAGAUCCUUGGUCUAAAGAACGAGGUGCUGAAACACGCCCAGUGCGGCGACGAGCCCAUCAAGCUUCAUCUCGCGCAGAUGGUUAAGAAGAUCACUGACACCGACGGCCCGCUGCCGCCCGGCCCCGUGGACCCACCACCCCCUGUGGAGAUGCCCGUCGACGUAGUCCCCGCUUCGCCGUCGGAUCUGGAGCCGGCGGCUGCUGCGGCUGCCGAGGCUUUUGAACAGCAACUGCGCCGCGACUCCGAGGCGUCGCUUGUCUCUGAGUCGUCGUAUGCCUUUUCGGCGGACGACACCUUUGAAGACCUAAUCAAUGUGUGA